AUGGUACAUCAACGAUAAUAUUUGUAUAUUCUAUCUUUCUCAACAUCUUAUUUUAUCUCGAUCUCAUCUUUAUGACACAUAAAAUUUGGGGGUGUCCCCCAAACAUUUUUCUACAUAAAUAAAUAUAUAUGAGGCACAAAAGGAUUUCUCUAUUUUGUGUGAACAAAAUACUUAGUAAUCACUGCAUAAAGACCAAAAAAUGCAAAAAUAAUAAAGAUGAUUGGUUUUCAUCGGUUGAACGCUAGUGUCUAAAUUCACAGUCACAAAUUUCAUGUUAUUUCCUCUCACUUUUCACUUCAAUAUCUUUAUUCAUUCACCAUCCUUCAUUUCCAUGGAUUCUUCCAUCACCAAAUCAACCUUCCCAAUUUUCACCACCAACCCAUUUUUCCUCUCCAAAACGUCUUCUCUCAGACCCAUAAAAGUUUCCGUCAAACCUCCACCUCCAGACUUCAAUUACAAGCUAGAGAUUUCCAAAGAAUCAAGAGCUGUUAUUGCUGAAUCUUACCCUGAAUUGCUUGAUUUAGCUGACAAUGGGAGCUUGGUUUUGGUUCAGAAGAAGAGGUUUGGUCCUGUUCCUUCUUGGAGGACUGAAUUUGUUGAACCUGACUAUAUUUGGUUGAUUGGAACUACCCAUGUUUCCAAAGAAUCAGCUUUGGAGGUUGAGCGUGUUGUUAAGGCUGUCAAGCCUGAUAAUGUGGUUGUUGAGCUCUGCAGAAGCAGAGCUGGGAUCAUGUAUGCUGAUGAUGAUCAGCUUGACAAACAGUUAAGAUCUACUAUGUUUUCCUUGAGCGGGACUGGGUUUUUUGGAGCUAUUGGCCGUAGCAUAAACCUAGGUGGUCAAACUGCUUUAGCAUUGAGAUUACUUCUGGCUGCUUUUUCAUCAAAGAUCUCUUCAGAUACUAACCGCCCUUUUGGUGAUGAGUUCCGUGCUGCUCGAAAAGUAUCAGAAGAAAUUGGUGCACAAUUAGUUUUGGGAGAUAGGCCAAUUGAAAUAACACUUCAGAGAGCAUGGAAGGCUUUGAAUUGGACUCAGAAGUUGAGUUUAUUGAAAAUAGUUAUCCUUGGAAUAACAUCUUCAUCAGACAUUACUACAAAUAAGCUUGAGAAAGCAAGUUCAGAUGAUGGUACACUUCAGCUUUAUGAGCAACUCAGUUUUUCAUAUCCAUCUCUAUUGCCACCUCUUAUACAUGAACGCGAUACUUAUCUUGCAUGGUCUCUAAAGAGGAGCAAGGCUGUAAAUAACUGUAAAAGGGUGGUAGGUGUAAUUGGAAAAGGCCACAUGAAUGGUGUAAUAUAUGCACUGUUAGCUGAUACAGGGAAUUUGAGGUUUCGAGACCUUGCAGGGAAAAAUUCAUAUGAUGGAGGUUCUGGUGGCUGGCUUGAUGGUCUAGUCAAGAGUUUAGUGAGGGAUACGGUGAUCGGCAUUGUCUUAUGGGCCUUAUAUGAAUUGGUUAAGGGAGCUUCUUUUCCCAUCUUCCAUGAUUCUUAAAAACCACUCCAGUCGGAAAAAAAACACCAUUUUGUCUAGAUUUUUUCACGCAGAUGUGAGAAAAAAAUAGUUUUUUCUCCAUCCGGACUGGUAAAUUCUAAGGGGUGUGGUUUUUACGAAAUCAGUGGUGGGUAAAAAUAGUUCCCAUUGGUAAAUGGUGGAACAUAAUACAAGGCUAUUUAUAGGAAGAAAAGGGAUAAUUAUAAGAUUUAUUUUUGCAAGUUAUGUGUAAGUAAUACUUAGUAACUUAUCAUUGAUAUGUAAAGGUUUAUUUUAUCAAUUUGAACCUCUAGCCAGUGAAACGGAUACAGAUUACAUAUACCUUUUUCGAAUUCAAAUUGUAAAUACUAAUUCAUCUUAGUGCAAAAGAGAAGACUCCAGAUUCUCAAUUCUCAUA